AUGCCACGACGUCGUAAACCUCCGCGCGCAGGCGCCCUCGCUGAACUUGCGCCCCUAAAGAUCGCUGGCCAGAUCGCGACGCUACAGGCGAUAUACUACUUCUCUGCACUGGUUCUGAUCGUCUUUACAGCGCUUGUCUCUGGCUCUGGGUUCAGCUGGACACUUGUAUUUGGAUGGGAGGGGCUGAGAGGAGAUACCACGCAUGGAUGGCUCAUGGCAUUUGUGUUCCUGUUGGACGGCGGGUUGAUUAUUCCUAUCGCAAUAGUCGCCUUCAUCGCUCGCUCCAAACUCGUACCCGAUUUCGCAUUGACCGUCCACUUUCUCAACCUCGUAAUCGCAUCCCUUUACAGCGGCCACAUCCCCCGCCACGGAGCUUGGUGGUUCACCAUGUUUGUCUCAUCCGGGCUAUGUAUUGGUGUCGGAACUUGGGGAUGUCAGUAUCGCGAGCUGCAGCCUGUCUUCUUCGGCGGUCGUCCCAUUCUCCCAGCUACGGGAGCUGAAGGUGCAGCGCCGCAACCUCCUCCUGUCGAUGAGGAGAUGGGUAUUGCUGUGAGAGGAAGGGGGCCAGAUGGUGGUGGAGAGUAUGAAAUGGCUCCUAUGCAGCCUGCAAGAUGA